CUUUUAAGAAUCUUCAAAACCCUAAAACAACAAAACUUAUCAGUAGCGUUUCACGCUUUCUCCCACUCAUCUCCUUUCGCCGUGAAAACCAAAAGCUCGUCGGAAAUUGCACGCAGCGCCUCCAUCACCGUAUGAACGAAACCGCCGCAAACUGAUCCAUAACUGACAAACAAUAUUCCAAUCGAUGGCGGCGGAUGAGGCGUGGUGUGUGGUCACUAUUGAGAAAAUGCCCCCAUCAUGUUCAGUGUUAUUGGGGUACACUAUUGAGAAAAUGCCCCCAUCAUGGUUCCACUUAUCAGAAGAUAGGUCAAAUCGAAUUGCUCUCAGAGUAGCCUCAUCUUGGAAUUUUGCUGUGAGUGCUUUAAAAUCUAUUGCAGAAGGGAAUAAUUCGGUGUUGUUCUUCAAGGUUGUUUUCUCUAUGCUCGUUCUUAGCUUCCUGGGAGCAUUUUCACUUCAUAACUUGUAUACUAUAGGACUUACCUUAGCAUUUAUAGCUUUCUACGUUUAUGAAAAGAAGGAGGAAGACAUUGACAGCAUAGUUAUAAAAACACAUACUUUUGGGUGCAAGUUGAAAUCUGAUAUCACAAAGAAGUUUCUUACUUCAAGGAAGAUUGAUUGAUAGUUUUUUUCCUUCUUUCGAUUCUGGUUGGUAAAACUGAUUGAUAGCUUCUAGCCCUAGAUUUUUCUUAGAUGAGUGGGCUGAUGUAUCUUCAUUUACUCCACGUCCGAGUUCUUUGUAUCAUUGUACAAUUAUUGUAAUGUAAUUUGAAAUUUUGUAGCAACCUUUGAGUAGGUUGAUUCAAAACCUGUCAUAUAACUUUGCUCAUAAAUCAUAAUUUACUUUCAUA